GAGGCACGGAAGCCGUGUCUCACUUAGCAUUUCCACUUCGUCGAGCGCGCUUUAUGCAUUCUUGCCGGUUUAGAGUACUCUUAACCUGGCCAUCCUUUAAUACAUCCUGGAUGUGAACGCGAUAUGUACGCUUAGGUCUUCCUCGUCGUCGUCAUUAUUUACCAUUAUAAAUAAUAUGUCAAGUAAUAGAACAAUUAGAUUUGUUUAGAUGUGAUGUCCGAACAGCCUCCGUGGUCUAGUGGUUAGAGUGUUAGCCUCACGAUCUGGAGCUCCGGGUUCGAUUCCCGAUGGGGACAUUGUCGAAAUCACUUUGUGAGACUGUCCUUUGUUUGGUAACGACUUUUUAGGCUUGAAUCACCUGAUUGUCCGAAAAAGUAAGAUGAUUCCGUGCUUCGGAGGGAAUGUUGAGCCGUUGGUCCCGGCUAUUAGCCGUAAAAACACCUCCACCAACCCGCAUUGGAGCAGCUUGGUGGAGUAUGCUCCAUACCCCCCUCCGGUUGAUUGAGGGGAGGCCUGUGCCCAGCAGUGGGACGUAUAUAGGCUGAUUAUGUAGAUGUCAUUAUGUGUCCGGACUUUCAAUUCAAAUAUUUACAAGUUACAAGUUUACAACAUAUAAUGAAACAACAGGAUCAACAUACAUGUGUCGGACUUUAUCCCUCGGGCGAUUCACGUGUAGAACAACGUCCCAAUUGAAGUGACAGUCGGCCGAUGUGCGCAAGCGCCGUCCUUUUAUAAGCAAUUGUUGUCAAUUCGCGCGUCCCAGUCUUUUGCCAUACAUAAAUCGGUCGACUAGUGUUGUUUACGAAUUCGGCUAGUGAAAGCGAAGAGGUGAUUUUUGGCAAAUACUGACUUCGUGGCGGAAACACAAUGCCACCUCAAGGUCAACCACCGCUGGUAUAUUUCGACGCAGAGACCACAAAGACUAAAGCUCCCGUAGUCCAUACCCCUGAACAAAAGAGAGAAUGGAAGAUCGUAUGGAGAAACGUCAUAGUAUUCACCCUGCUGCAUAUCGGCAGCGUCUAUGGAGCGUACCUUUUCCUCUUCCAAGCUAAAUGGGCAACCAGUUUGUUCGCCGUCACCCUCUACAUAUGCUCUGGUUUGGGCAUCACAGCAGGCGCCCAUCGUCUUUGGGCACACAAAUCAUACAAAGCUCACUGGCCUCUUCGGUUGGCACUGACCGUCUUCAAUACCAUAGCAUUCCAGGAUGCAGCAAUAGACUGGGCUCGUGACCACCGCAUGCACCACAAGUACUCAGAGACGGACGCGGAUCCUCACAACGCAACGCGCGGUUUCUUCUUCUCACACGUCGGCUGGUUGUUGGUUAAGAAGCACCCUGAAAUCAAGGCCAAAGGACACACGAUUGAUAUGAGUGACCUGUGGGCGGAUCCUAUUCUUAGGUUCCAGAAAAAAUACUACAUGAUUCUCAUGCCUUUGGCGUGCUUCAUUCUGCCGGCCGUCAUACCAACUUUAUGGGGCGAAUCGCUCUGGAACGGGUUCUUCGUCUGCUCAAUCUUCCGUUACGUCUACGUCCUCAACGUCACCUGGCUCGUCAACUCUGCAGCUCACAUGUUCGGCAACAAACCUUACGACCAUAACAUUAGCCCAGUUGAAAACAAAUCUGUAGCCUUAGUUGUACUAGGAGAAGGUUUCCACAACUACCAUCACACUUUCCCUUGGGACUACAAGACGGCCGAGCUAGGAGGGUACUCCUUGAAUAUUACCAAGAUGUUUAUUGAUACAAUGGCUAAGAUAGGACUGGCUUACGAUUUGAAGACAGUUUCGCAUGACAUUAUUGAGAAAAGAGUGAAGAGGACGGGAGAUGGAAGCCACGAUGUCUGGGGCUGGGAUGAUAAGGACGUUCCUGCCGAGGAUAAGGAAAUUACUAUGAUUAUGAAUCCCCAGAAGUUAAGUAAAGUAUUUUAAAACUAGGGUAGAUGAAGAAACCAAGCUUGAUAUUUUGUGACACUGUAUUCUAAUAUUGUAUCCACCAAUGUCAAAUGUGGAAUUUAAGGAA